AUGUUCAGAAAUGAUCCUGUUUAAAAAUAAUAAUAUAGAAACAUUAAUAAAAUUCCUUUUAAAGUUUUAGAUGCACCUUCUUUAUAAGAUGACUUUUACUUGAAUUUAAUUGAUUGGUCGAAUACUAAUAUUUUAGCAGUUGCUCUAGGAUCUUGUCUUUAUUUAUGGAAACCUUAAAAUAAUUAAGUCAUAAAAUUUUGCGAUCUCAAAAAUUAAGAUACAAUUACCAGUGUAAAUUGGCAUCCUAGAGGUCAAUAAAUUUCUAUAGGAACUUCAAAAGGAAUUAUAGAAAUAAGAGACGCUGAAAAGAAUACAUAAAUAAGAGCAUUGUAAGGACAUUCUGCAAGAAUAGGAUCUUUAGCAUGGUCUUAAAAUAUUUUAGCUAGCGGUUCAAGAGACAAAAAUAUUAUUUUAAGAGAUAUAAGAUAAAAAAGAGAUGAAAUUAGAAAAUUAAUUAGCCAUUAAUAAGAAAUUUGCGGUCUAAAAUGGAGUUUUGAUGAAUAAUAAUUAGCAUCAGGAGGAAAUGAUAACAAAUUAAAUAUAUGGAAUAAUCAUUUAGAUGUUCCUAUAUGUAAAUUUUAUGAACAUCAAGCUGCUGUAAAAGCUAUAGCAUGGUCUCCACAUAAACAUAGUCUUUUAGCUUCAGGUGGUGGUACUUAAGAUAGAUGUAUUAGAUUCUGGAAUACUCUAAGUAAUUAAUAAUUAGAUUAUAUAGAUAGUUAAUCUUAAGUAUGCAAUUUAAUGUUUGGAAAAAGUGUAAAUGAAAUUGUUAGUACUCAUGGUUAUUCAUAAAAUUAAAUCAUAUUAUGGAAAUAUCCUUCUAUGCAAAAAAUUAUAGAAUUAACUGGACAUACUUCAAGGGUACUUUUUCUUGCAAUGAGUCCUGAUGGAUAAACUAUAGUUACAGGUGCAGGAGAUGAAACUUUAAGGUUUUGGAAUAUUUUUCCUUCUGUAGAUUAGGGAGUUAAAUAUAGUAGUACUUUAGUUGAUGAUAUUAGAGAUUUAAGGUGA